AUGGGAAGCCGCCUCGACAAGAACUCCUCGCAAGUGAGGAAGCGGAUCGAAAACCAUGAGUUCACGGACGAAGCUGGCGAGGAGUAUGAGCCAAGCGCAUUCGGCGGCUUCGGCGACUACUUCAGGCGCAAGAAGAUUAAGCUACAGAACCUUGACGCAGAUAUGAGAGUUUCUUCGCGUGAGAAGCCUCAGAUAUUCAAAGGCGUCGUCGCGCAUGUUACGGGAUAUACGCAGCCGCCUCUUCAUAUCCUUCAUCGCGAGCUCGUGCAGCAUGGAGCAGGGUUUCUGCAAUAUCUGGACUCCAAGACGAUGGCGACACAUAUCAUAGCGUCUUCUAUACCGCCAAAGAAAUCUGUGGACUACAGCAAAUACCGUCUAGUGAAGCCUGCAUGGGUUACAGAAUCGAUUCAAGCAGGGAGACUUCUACCUUGGUCGGACUACCGAGUGGAUAACGAUGGGCCUCGGCAAAAAGUUCUGAAAUUCGACGAUUCCAACAGGCUCAGUCAAGCUACUCCUCAGUCCCGACGGGGAUACAGAGAGCAGACGGACAACAGUUUUUACACCAGUCAAUUCAAGGCAUCUGCCGGCAGCCCCAUUACUCCAUCCCGGACGCGCGUCGCUGAGCGUGCCGAGUCACCACUGUCUCGCAAGCAUGACUUUAUCACUGACAGUCCGGGGGACUCUCCUCUUCGCAAGGUUCGGAAAAUCGAGAAGGACGAUGUUGGAGAGUUUGAUGAUGUGGAAAUCGAUGAGUUGAUGGUCGACAUUCUUCCCGUCGAGACGGCGGUUCCUGGAUUCGAGAAGACAAAACCCAAUCCGACGACUGAAACCCCUAAGACCGAGCAGAUGGUCGAGCCGAAAACCGAAACUACCGAGACGAAAGAUACAGUUCCUUCAGUGAAAGAAGACACAAAACAAGUCGCCAAAAUGCCAGCAAACAUGACAUCCGAAGAACACAACGCCUGGCUGCUUUCGGACCCCAAAAUUUGGAAGUCUUCAACGGCGAACCCCGAAUUCUUGAAGCAAUUCUAUUCCGAAAGCCGCCUUCAUCACUUGUCCACCUGGAAAGCCGAGCUGAAGUCCAGGAUGCAAAAGCUCGCCAAAGAGAAAGGACCUGUGAAAGCUAUCAAGCGAAAAUCAGGGUCACGACGGUACAUCAUCCACGUCGACUUCGACAGCUUCUUCUGCGCAGUGUCCCUGAAACGCAAUCCGGAAUACGUCGAUAAGCCAACUGUAGUCGCUCACAGUAGUGGCACUGCAUCGGAGAUCGCAAGCUGCAACUACGUCGCCCGCAAAUUCGGGGUCAAGAACGGCAUGUGGAUGAAACGCGCGCUUGAGCUGUGUCCGGAUAUCAAGGUUCUACCUUACGACUUCCCAGCGUAUGAAGAAGCAAGCCGCCUAUUCUAUAGCGCCAUCUUGGACGUCGGAGGGGUCGUUCAAAGUGUCAGUAUUGACGAGGCACUCGUUGACAUCACAUCCAUUAUCCUUUCCAGCGUCGGUUCUGAUGGCACCGGUGUCGAUGAAGGCAGCAUCUGGAGAGAGCAAGACAAGGCCGAACAAAUUGCUCUCGGACUCCGCAACAAGAUCAAAGCCUCGACUGGGUGCGCGGUUUCCGUUGGUAUUGGAGGCAACAUUCUCCAGGCCAAGUGUGCCCUCAGGCGCGCGAAACCUGCCGGCCAGUUCCAAAUCAAGCCUGAACAAGUGCUCGAUGUCCUCGGAGAGCUCGAGGCAAAGGAUCUUCCGGGAGUCGCCUACAGUCUCAGCGGCAAAUUAGAGGAAAUCGGGGUCAAAUACGUUAAAGAUAUUCGACAAGUUUCGAAGGAACGCUUAUCCUCGUCUCUGGGGCCCAAGACUGGGGAGAAGCUCUGGGAGUACGCCCGAGGCAUUGAUCGCGCUGAGGUUGGAGACCAUCCUCCUAGAAAAUCGGUGUCAGCAGAGGUGAAUUGGGGUAUUCGCUUCAUCAACCAACAAGAAGCUGAGGAAUUCGUGAUGAAUCUUUGCACAGAGUUGGAACGCCGUCUCCUCAAUGAGCAGGUCAAAGGGAAGCAGUUCACAAUGAAGAUCAUGCGCCGAUCUCUGGAUGCGCCCCUUGAUCCAGCAAAACACCUAGGACACGGCAAAUGUGAUAGCUUCAGCAAGAGCGUCAUGUUUGGCGUUGCCACCCACAAUGCCGAGACGAUUGCAAAAGAGGCCGUCUCCGUAUUGAAAUCAUACAAGUUCAGCCCUGGAGACCUCCGGGGCCUUGGUGUACAGCUAACGAAACUUGAACCCAUCAAAACCGGACCAGCUGGCCCAGAGAGCAGCCAGAGGAGGCUAGCAUUUCCAACUUUCAACAGCACAACAUCAGCAAAGAAGAGUCGUGUUGAUCCCAUUGAGGAUUCCAAAAGCCCUUCGAAACCAAAGCCAGCUCAAAGGCGCGGGGAUGUUGCACAAGAUCCUAUUGCCGAUGAUCCUUUGACACCAAGGAAACCCAAGGUACACCCAGCCCUGGCGUUGGCACGGGCUGGCGAGCUGGAUGACAAGGCUCAUACACCAUUGAACAUCAUGGGAACCCAGUUCAUCCUCCCGUCACAAGUCGACCCAGCUGUCCUUGCCGAAUUGCCAAGCGACAUUCGAUCGAAGCUGCAGAGGGGCCAGAAGCCACCGCCUGCACCUAGACCGGCCUCGCCCAAGAUCAAAUCGCGCAGUCAAAGCCCUGCUGUACAGCUACAGGAUGAGAUCCCGUCACAGGUUGAUCCAGAGGUUUUCAAUGCCUUACCCGAGGAUAUGAAGGCCGAGGUCCUCGCUCAAUACGGUCGAAAACCCGCCCAAGCCCAAGCCCGCCUGCCACAGUCGCCACGCAAGGACAGACUCAUCCAACCAAGGAAGCAAACAACACCAACGAAACGCGGAGGCAGGAGCUUGUUCAACAAUGCCAGGGAGCGACAGCAAGACGCAGCCGCGAACCGCCAGCAAACGAGUUUCCUGCCGAUCAAGGGAGCCGCCCCGGCGCAGCACAAAGAGCCGGAGGAACUGGACCCGGAGUUCCUCGCCGAGCUGCCCGAAGACGUCCGUCGGGAGGUCAUCGAAGACCACCGGCGACGGUCCCUCGCCCAACGCUCGGGGCUCAACUUCAACGCUCCCCGGAAGCCCCGCCCGGCCGAGGCGAGCGACUUUUUGCCCGGCGGGCAGACCAAACUCCAGUUCCCGGCGCCCCCGCCCAAGGCCAACUUCAUGGGGUCCGCGGUGAAGACGGUGCAGGAGAUCAAGGACAUGAUCGAGGCUUGGCACGACGGGACCCGCGCGGAGGGGCCGCAUCAGGACGAUGUUGUCAUGUUUGAGAAGUACCUCGCCAAGGUCGUCGCCGAGGAGCGAGACAUGCAUAAGGCGUCCAAGUUGGUCCAGUGGCUCGAGUGGCUGGUGGAGGAGGACGAGAGUGACGGGAUUGGAAAGCAGGGAUGGAGGAGGACGAUCGGCGACAUCAAAGCAGGAGUGCAGAGGGCGGUUGAGCGAAGAGGCUUGGGUCCUCUCAAGCUAUGA